AGCAGGGCGGGGCUCGGUGUGCGCACAGAAAAGGCUCGGGCGGGCGGGGGGUCGCAGUCGGUAUCGGGUCUGCGUUCGCGAUGGCCGAGGCGCUGGCGCUGCUUGUCCGGAGCCCCACGCAGCGGCACGCGGACCUGCGCCUUCGUGGCGACCCCGGAUGGACCGUGCGCCGUCUUAAGUCCGAGCUGCGACGCCUCGUUCCCGAUGCUCCGCCUGAAGAGGAACAAAAGCUGAUUUAUUCAGGGAAGUUAUUGCUUGAUCAUCAUUACCUGAGAGAGUUGCUGCCAAAGGAUGGGGAGUUGCAUGCUCUUCAUUUGGUAUACAACUUCAAGAGUCCUGCAAAUACACAAGAAACCAGUGCAGAGGUUAAAGCUGAUCCACCAAAGUUAUCAUCAGCAGCUAGCCAAGAACCAUCUGUAUCUUCCUCAAAUGGUGAGAGACUGAGGUGCUCUUCUGGUGGCCAGUCUUUGGCAGAAGCCAGUCAUGGGCUGGAAACAACUUGGCAUCCCUUCCAAAGCGUGGCUCCUGGCUUCUCUAUGUAUACAACCUACAGCAUGCUUCAGAUGUCCUGGUACCAGCAGAUCUAUGCAAGACAAUAUUACAUGCAAUACUUGGCUUCUGCUGCUGCAUCUGCUGACCCAUCCCAUGCACGACGUUCUCAGGAGAUACCAGUGGCACCAGUGACACCUCCAGCUCCUCUCCCAGACCCAUUUCCUGCACAAAACCAGCCUAGAAACCAGAAUGCUGCUGCCCAGGUUAAUGCUGUGGCCAACCAGAACAUGCAGAUGAAUGCCCAAGGGGGUCCCCUCAUGGAGGAAGAAGAGGGGGGUGGCAAUCGAGAUUGGUUGGACUGGCUCUACUCAGCAACACUGUUCUACGUUUUUGUCAACAUUAUCUAUUUCUACUCCAGUGUCAGCAGGUUCCUCCUGGUUAUGGGUGGCACUGUUCUGAUGUAUCUGCACCAUGUUGGAUGGUUUCCAUUUAGACGAAGACUAGGUCAGCCCUUGCCUGGCAAUGUUCCUCCUCAAGCUGCUGGAAACCAGGACCAGAACAAUAACUUACAGGGGGAAGAUGUGGGCAGAGAAAAUGAGUCUCGGGCAUCUCCUGAUGAAGGACAAGUUUUACAAGAACUGCAUCAGGCAAACCCUUCAUUUAUGAGCACAGUGUGGAUUUUUUUCAAGACUUUCUUUGCAUCCCUCCUACCAGAAGGGCCUGGAGUGACCCGCAACUGACUUGUCACCAGCCUAUUCAUCUGAAACCAAUGGGCUUUAGUCUACCUGACUGAAUUGAGUGCCAACUGAGGAGUGAAAGUGGAUGGUACUUUAACUUUCACUGACCAAGCAGAAAAAGCUGCAAGAAGCCUUAAGUCAUUACAGUCUAGAGACAAAGAUGCUUGUCCUCAUUUCAAAGAACUUUGUUCUGUGGAGUUUAUUAGGUACCUAUGUAGAGGCUUGGCAUUGUAAACUUGUGCACUAAAUGCACAGGCUCUGAGCAGGUGUGCAAAAUGUUAGAGAAGCAAAUUGCUUCUGUGCGAUGUGAUUCCUGUUGGAAUGUUUCAAAUGCUAUUUAAAUUACACUGAGUGUAGGAUCUAAAAUGCUAGAUAUGCAUUAGCAGAUUUUUAGGAAAGAUCUCUUGUUAAAUUGCUUCAACAAUAGUUUAAAUUUUCUGUGUGAAUAUUUUCCUAUGAAGGAUGUGUGGUGCCAUUUCCUUGUUGGAUGAAGUGGGGGGACUGUAAGGCAUUGACUUUCUGAUAAGCAACUACUUCAGAGGGGUUGCAGGCUGCAAUUCAGACAGUUUAAACACAAAGUUUAACUUUGUCCUGCCAAUCACGGGAGAAGAAUGUGUUUAGCUCUGUCUAGCAAGAAUUUAUGCAAGAUGUAAACUUCACUGCUUUUGGAUGCCAAGGCACAGCAGUCUAAUGCCUGUGUUCAACUUUACAUUCUCACUCUAGAGCAACUCCUUGUAUUCAUUGUGUUCCCUUUAAUUUCUCAUAUGGUUAAGGGCUUUGAUUCCAAUAAAAUUUGCAGGCAUUUAUA